AUGAGCAGCCGCUAUCCGAUGUACGGCGUAAACGACUCAGCGGUCUGGUGCAGAGAUCGUUCAGUACCUGAACCACCACGCUGCGCCUCCCUUCUACCAUCACAGCCGUCGAUGCCCUAUUCCACCUAUCCGGCCGCAACUACACAUACUACUGUGGUUCAUUCCGCGAUGAAACCGAUUGCUGACGCUGACAUCUACAGAGUCGGAAUCUACGGCUGGCGGAAGCGAUGUCUCUACAUAUUUAUUCUUAUUUUAACUAUAAUUAUCGUACUCAAUCUCGCAUUAACCGCAUGGAUAAUGUCAGUUUUGGAUUUCUCCACGGACGGUAUGGGUGCAUUAAAAAUCCAGGAAGAUGGUAUUCGUGUUGAAGGACGAGCUCAAUUCAAUAAACCGGUCACGUUUUCACAUUUGAGUACAGACGAAGCGCUAACGAUUGACUCUUUUCGUGAUAUUCAUAUGCAAGCACGAAACGCUUCGGGGCAGAUCUCGGCACGAUUGUCGUUGACAGCUGACGGAAAAACACAGGCUAUUUGUGAUCGAUUUGAGGUGUUCGAUUCUGAUAAUCGUCUACUGUUCUUCGCUGACUCAAAGGAAGUAGGAUUAAAACUGGAAAAUCUUCGUAUUUUAGAUGAUGGGGGCAGUGUGUUUGAAGGCGCCAUACAGACGGCAUUUGUUCGACCUGAACCUGACACACCUUUAAGGUUUGAAUCACCAACACGAAGUGUAUCCGUCGAUGCUGCUCAGGAUAUCGAGCUACUUACCGCAGCCGGCGAGAUUCGAGUAAAUUCUCUUCUGGACAUUAGUCUAGCUUCGAAGCAGGGUGAAAUACGACUUGAAUCGGCGAACAUAUUCAUGGAUGGCCAACCACGAAGUGCAGGUCGUGGCCCUCCCCAACUACAACUUUGUGUAUGUCAUAACGGACGACUGUUCGUCGCUACUCAGUUCGCUGACUGUCGAGCAGAUCGAAAUAUUUGCCAGUGA